AUGAAAUAACUUUUUAUUGCUUCCAGACCAUAUUAAAAAGUAUCAUCCUUUUAGAGAAGGACUCUUCUGCAGUUGGUAUUUAUUAAGGGUUUUAAAAUUAAACAUGUAAGAUAUUUGUUCUUUAUUCAAAAAAGGCAGCCAAAAGUCUCAAUAUCAACUACCCAGGAGCCAAAUCGAUCAUUGUUUAUCAUAGAACAAAAGUCAUCCAUAAGAAAUCAAACAUCAAUUCCUCCAAUUAAUGCCGAAGCGCUCCCUUGAAUAUGUGCAAGAGCUCACUAACAAUAAUAUCAAGUAUUGGGGGAAGCCAAAUCACUUCUAAAAUACAUUUUCAAUAUGAAAUCCGAAAUGAUUCAUCAUAUAUUAUUACAUCAAUACCUAUGUGA